AUGUUUAAGAGGCUAGCUAAUCAUCAAAAUCCCUUUGCCUCGUUUCGGUGCAGUUCAGUUGGCUUUCGGUAUGGCAGGGUCAAUCCGAAUACAAAGAGGAACUUUUCUCUUUUUCAAAACGUAGCUGACACAUUCUUAACUCUGCAUGAAGUUUUACACAUACCUUGGAUAGUGCUUGUUCCCUUGAGCACUAUUACACUUAGAACCGUCGUGACGCUCCCGUUUAGUAUAUGGCAGCGUAAGAGAAUCUUGAAACAGCAAGAAUUAAGGAAACUGGUGCACCCAAUAACGCCAAUUGUUAAGCUUCGAUUAGCAGCUAUCACUAAUAAAAAGUCUAAAAUUGUUACCGAAAUAAAUUCCAACGGUUCUCUUCUGCCAUUGCCACUACAGAAUCCUGGUGUCUUGACACCGGAACAAAUUACACUCCUGGCAGUGAAGGAGACAAGAAAGAGACAAAAGAGAUUAUUUAAGAAAUAUAAUGUACCCUUAUGGAAGAAUGCACUAUUACCGAUUGUGCAAAUUCCUCUUUGGGUUACAAUCUCAAUGGGAAUCAGGACACUUACAGAGGCACAGUUAAUUGAGAGCUUUUACCCUUCUUGGAUUUCGUUGCUGAGUUUUGGUUCUUUUGAUCUCAGCACACCGUUAAUGGCAAUGCCCUUGCUGGCACCCAUCCUGGUAGGAACACUAGCGGUAUUAAACGUGGAAUUUAACGGCCGACUGAUGUUCAGUUCGAGUUUGUCAUCGCAGGGAAUAAAGACGGUUUCAAGGAAUUCUAACAGGGUCCAAGAAGCAAUGGCAAGCAUACUAAAUGUCUCGAGGCUCGGUUGCGUAGUUAUGUUAGCAAUGUCUUCACAGGCUCCAUUCCUUCUUUCGCUUUACUGGAUAUCAUCACAGCUGUACUCCCUCGUGCAGAAUAUCAUAUUGAACUGGAUAUAUCCUUACCAGCGAUGA